GCCGGCGGCGCGGUCAGCCGGCGGGGGAGCUGCUGGUCCGUGCGCUCGUGGCUGGCCAGCACCUUGUCUGGGAGCCGGGCCAGCGAGAGGCGCCUGCCCGAGGGGAGCGGGCUCUGGGACCGGCCGGGGAGGCAGCCAGCCCGCGGGAGGAUGCAGACGGCCGCGUAGGGAGCUGGGCCAUGCCCCGGGGGGCCAGGCUGCGCACACGGCAAUGCUAUGAGUCCAGAAGUCCUGAAAAUAGUGUGGGUACAGAAUACAGGUAAUGGACGACUCUACCACCAAACCCUCCACCAACGUAUCCCAGCACUGACCAAGAGACGCCAGCUGAGAGAGACCAGGUUUCUUCUAUGGGCGCUGAACUCCCAUAGGCUACCUAUGCCUAUUGCCUGUGAUGGAAGAACUUGAUGUUAAUGUGAGUUCGAGUGAGGGGUUCGGCGUGGCAGAGAAGGUCGCACUGCUCAUCUUUAUCUCGGCGGUUAUACUCAUGGCCAUCCUGGGGAACUUGCUGGUGAUGGUGGCAGUAUGCAGAGACAGGCAGCUCAGGAAAAUCAAGACCAAUUAUUUCAUUGUCUCACUUGCCUUUGCGGACCUGCUGGUGUCGGUGCUGGUGAUGCCCUUUGGAGCUAUUGAGCUGGUUCAGGAUAACUGGAUUUAUGGAGAGAUAUUUUGCCUGGUCCGAACAUCUCUAGAUGUCCUGCUCACCACAGCAUCAAUCCUUCACCUGUGCUGUAUCUCCCUAGACAGGUAUUAUGCUAUCUGCUGCCAGCCUCUGGUUUACAGGAAUAAGAUGACACCACUGCGCAUUGCUCUAAUGCUCGGAGGGUGCUGGACCAUCCCGACAUUUAUUUCUUUUCUCCCUAUAAUGCAAGGCUGGAAUAGCAUUGGUAUAUUAGACUUGAUACAACAAAGACAGUUCAACAAGGCUUCCAACUCAACCUACUGCGUAUUCAUGGUCAACAAACCCUACGCCAUCACCUGCUCAGUGGUGGCCUUCUACAUUCCAUUCCUCUUGAUGGUGUUGGCCUACUAUCGGAUCUACAUCACGGCCAGGGAGCAUGCCCGCCAGAUCCGGAUCCUCCAGCGUGCAGGGGCACCCACAGAGGGCAGGCACCACCCGGACCAGCAUAGCACUCACCGUAUGAAGACUGAGACCAAAGCUGCCAAGACCCUGUGUAUCAUCAUGGGGUGCUUCUGUCUGUGCUGGGCCCCAUUCUUUAUCACUAAUGUCGUGGACCCGUUCAUAAACUAUACUGUACCUGAGCAGCUGUGGACAGCUUUCCUGUGGUUGGGCUACAUCAAUUCAGGGUUGAACCCCUUCCUGUAUGCCUUCCUGAACAAGUCUUUCAGACGUGCCUUCCUCAUCAUUCUGUGCUGUGGGGACGAACGCUACCGAAGGCCUUCCAUCUUGGGGCAAACUGUCCCCUGUUCCACCACCACUAUAAAUGGAUCAACGCACGUGCUAAGGUACACAGUUUUACGUAAUGGGCAUCAUCAGGAACACGAGAAGCUUCCCAUCCACAAUGACCCAGAAUCCCAGGAGUCCUGUUUCUAAUGAAGACCCUGGCCAGGGAACCGCACACCUGCACACCAGAUGAUUUUGGGCAGCAGGACUCUAAUGCAAGCUCAUAUGUCUGCAUUUCCGUGGUGCCUCCUGUAUUGAUUUGAUAGGAAUGGCUAACAGCAUGAAUAUGGUGACUGGUGAGGCUGAGGGGACGCAAUGUGCAGAACUAUUGAGGAGACCUCUCUGUUGCUUCAGGAGGAUGUCUGGACUUUAUUAACGCAGCAGGGCCUUAAUGUCAGUGCUUUUCAGAGGUGUGCAAACUUCCAUCCCUGUAUACAAAAAGCACACACACAAGCCUUCGCACACACAUACCCACACUGAGAUUUAUGCUUUUUCGCCAGCUGCCAUUUUUUGCUGCAUGCCGCCUCUUUGUUUUGUGGCAACAAUAUUGUGAUCUUAAAGAUUUCAAAGUCUGACUUGAAAUGGUAAUGCUGAACUGCAGUAAAUGCCUCCUGUGUCUGCUCAAGAUCACACCUACGCCUAACAUGGUGCUGUCAGGAGAGAUGUAAUGCUUAUGUUUUCUUUCUGAAAAGAAGAGGAAUUCUUUUCCUUCUCAGUUACCUUCAAUGGUGAGAUCUGUCAGUGUGAGCUGACAAUUCCCCCUGUCCAGUGCAAUAUCAAAUAGAAACAGUGUUUCCCUUAGAUACUUUCCAGUGAGGGUCCUCUCCAAAAUCUCUGGUAAAAGAGCCAAUGAGCAAAAAUAGCCCAUGAGGAUCUAAAAUGCAGCCCACAGAGACAUAUCAUCUUUGAUAUGGAGACAUGGCCCACAGAGACUGCAAGUCCCAGCAAGUGCUGCUCUGUAUUAGCCAGAAAACAGUAGUCACAAUCUGCCCCAUUUUCUACCUAUUAGAUGCAGUAGUCCUUAUUUAGGCAAACUUUGGGCAUCCCUCCUGUAAAAGAAAGGUUGAUCAAGAGACAUAGUCCUUAGGGAAUAUCAAUCUGUAAUAGCUCACUAAGUGCCAUGUUGAUAAAUAUAUGUCAUCUAAAGAGCUUUUCUAGCUACAAUUGGAAGACAAACUCUUACUUGGGUGUUUUGCUUUUUCUUCCCUCCCCGCUUCCAGUUGUGAGGCUUAAAAAAAAAAAAAGCUUCAGAACUUUCAAAUGUUGCCCUAUGCACCUGUCCUUUUACAAUAAUCUCAUAUCCUGCAUGCAGAUAUUACUACAUUCCUUGUAGGCAGCUUCCUCCUUUGCAUGUAAAUGACAGGCAACACUGUAGAUCAAGGAACCCUGGGAGUCUGAUUUUCGUGCAGUGGGAAAUACACAGGUUCUAAACCGUGGGCCUGUAACCUCCUUAGAUGAAGAUCUAACCCAAAGAUGACGGCCUUAGCCUGGAAAACAGAAAUGUAUUUUGUUACAUUGUGUAAUCAUGUAUAGAUUUUUUUUUUAAUGUAAAGAAAAAAGUUGACAUUAUUUAUUAUUAUUUUUAAAAAGAAGUGUUUUUCCCAUUCUAAGCUUCUAAAACAUGGGAGUUUAACAUAAAUAUAAUUAUUAUUAUUUUAUUAAUGAUCUGUUGCUGUGUGACAGGUAUCUACUGUAAAAACAACCUGCUUUGAACAAAGAAAAAGUAUUUCUGAGAAAGAGGAUUUUGUGCAUGAUAACAGCAAGCAGCUUUCCAGCCAUGGUGUCUGAUUAGCCUUCUCUUCCUUGAAAUGUUCUUUGCCCUUGGACAAACUCCAUCCUAAAGUUUCUCAUCGUUGUCUUUUAAAAAUCAUUAGAGCACUGGCCAGGAAUAGCCCUAAUUAGAUGAAAUGGUAGAGCCAAACAAUUUAAAUUUAGAAAACCCAAAGAGGUUAGCAGCAGGCACAGAACUGUUGGCUUUGAGACUUCAUAUUUUACUGAGGGCACUGGCAGCAAAUAUAAGAUGUUCUAAGAGAGCAUGUGCCAUAAAUAUAAAGGGAAGGGUAACAACCUUUAUGUAUGCAGUAAGAUAAAAUCCCUCUUGGCCAGAGGUACAGAAUCCCCUUGCCUGUAAGGGUUAAUCAAUUCAAUUAACCUAUUUGGCACCUGGCCAGAAGGACCAAUGGGGAAAGAAGAUACUUUCAAAUGGGGGGGAGGGGAGGGGAGGAUUUGGUUUUGUGCUCUGUGUGUGUUCUCUCGGGAGACAAAGAGAGAGACCAAGCAAGUAAUCCAUUUCCUACUGAAUGAUACAUCUAAAAUUACAGGAAUAGUAAGUAAUAGCAAGGAAAUGCAUUAGAGUAUCUUUUGUUUUAGCUUGUGAAUUUUCCCUAUGCUUAGAGGGAGGUUUAUCCCUGUUUUUUGUAACUUUAAAGUUUUGCCUAGAGGGGAAUUCUCUCUGUUUUGAAUCUGAUUACCCUGUAAAAUUACCUUCCAUCCUGAUUUUACAGAGGUGCUUCUUUUACUUUUUUUUCUUUAUAUAAAGUCCUGGGUUUUUUUAAGAAUCUGAUUGGGUUUAGUGUCCUAAAAACCCAGGGAUUUUGUCUGUGCUCACCUGUACCAAUUGGUGAGGAUAUUAUUCUCAAGCCUCCCCAGGAAAGGGGAUGAAGGGGCUUAGGGGGAAUAUUUUGGGGAAUAGGAACUCCAAGUGGUUCUUUUCCUUGAAUCUUUGUUUAACUCACUUGGUGGUGGCAGUGAAUACCAUCCAAGGAUAAGAAGGGACUUGUGCCUUGGGGAAGUUUUAACUUAAGCUCAUAGAAAUAAGCUUAGGGGGUCUUUCAUGCGGGUCCCCACAUCUGUACCUCAGAGUUCAGAGUGGGGAGGGAACCCUGACAGCUCAUGAGAGACACAAUUUGAGAUAAAUACUGGUUCAUCACAAAGGCCCAGGUGUAGGUUGGCUUUUCAAAAGUGCUCAGGAUUGGCCUAAUUCUGCUCCCAUUGAAGUUAAUGAUACAACUUCCAUUGACUUCAAUGGGAGAAGGGUUAGGCCAUUGCUGAGUGCUUUUGAGAAGACCAUCCCCAAGCAACUUUACUCCUGUGAUUUAGUUCUCAGUGAAACUUUUCAUGUGAACAGUGUUUGCAGGAUUGAGUUCUGUGACAGUAGCCCAAGCAGUGUUGGGACUUUGCAUUCAUCCUAAGUGGCAAACAAACCAACCAAGUAAACCCUUUUCUCUUUCCCCAUAAAAAGGCACUGAAAAAGAUCAGUGGAAGAUUUCUGUGAGUGAGAUGAGACCCGUAGCAUGUUGACAUGUGCAAUCGAGUUUCAUUUUUCCUUCUUUCGCUCUUGGAGUAUUAUGUUUUCCUAAUGUAUUCUAAUGUGCUUUAACAGUAUAUCUCAUCUUAAUUUAAAAUAAAAUUCAGAACACUGUUUUACUCACUCAUGGCAAAUGUGCAAGGGGGUUCUAAAUGGGACAUUUGAUUCACAAGCCAAAAUAAUCAGCCGCUCAGAAACAAGAAGUACUCCUGUUCUAAAACCUCAUAGUACAUUUAGGAAAUGUAAAUGUCCAUGAUCUGGGUUACUUCUGGCUAAUGACUGGUUGGUACCAAAGUGUAAGAGGUUUCAUGUAAGUUAACCUGUCACUAGCCACCUGGCAGCUAUUAUUUUAUAACUACUCAAUAGUUUCAGCAACACUUCUCUGGUCAAAGUAAAUCAUAUUUUCAAACACCACAGCAAUGUAGUGCUUCUCUGGAGAACAGGAGGUCUCUUGGUUGGAACCAAUCCUUGUUUUUUUCCUUCUCUGAAGUUUCAGUUGCUGCUCAUUGAUUGACUUCCGUGGUUUGUGAGUUCAUAAUUUCAUGGACCAUUCUGGAUAGUGAUUUCCAUGCCACUUUGGAGCACAGGCCCGGAGACCUGGUCUCAAUCUGAUUCAGCAUAGCAGAAGUACGGUGCUGAAUAGUAUGUAAUGCAUAAGCCAUUGAAAAAAAUAAAAUUCCUCUAUGUAUAUUACUGUCUAGUUCACUCCAAUUUGUUUGCAUUGUUUACACUGUAUUUACAUGGGACGGCCCAAUUGGAGGAGCAUUCCCAAGUGGCUAUAGCACCUCUUGGUGAUGCUGCGUGAGAGGCAGUGCCUUUCUGAUUAGUUCUAUUACACUUAGUGGGAAAGCUAUGCAGUCCUGAACAAUUAUACCAUACCGUGAUGGGGGAGGAAGCAAUAAGACAUGAAUUCCAAGUGCUUUGGACUGCUCAAUGACUGUAACAAUCAUCCUGAAACAGCAGGGCAGCACUUUAUCACCACAGUUAUGGAAGGAAAUCAACAUUCGAAAGUUAGGAAAACCAGACUGGA